AUGCCCAAGGCAACUACUCCCAAGGCCGAUCGGCCCGCCCGUCGCCAUAACCCUCUCGAGAACGAUAUCCUCGCCACCGGUCUCUUGCGGAAUAAGCCCGGCAAACAGAAGUCCAAGGACACUGAGGAUGCCGAGGACAAUUUUGUGGACUCCAAAGCCUCAAAGAACAUCCUAAGGAUAGGCCGUGAGCUGGCUGAGGAAGAAAAUGCCGAGAGGGCCUCUUUCGCUGUCGAGCCAACCGUCGACUCUUUUGGGUACAACUCCCGCUUUGACGACAACCUCAAUGCUGAGGAAGGCAGGACAUUUGACGAUAAUGAGGCCUGGGGCGAUGACGACGGGGAUGUGGACGACAUUGAAGUAGAACCCGAAGAUCUUGAAAUGUACAAGAAAUUUAUGCCUGACGAGGAGGAUGAUUUGCUCAAGCAUGGUUGGGACCUCAAGCCCGAGGGCGACGCGGUUGAGGGCGAAAGCCGCAACUUGGCAGACAUUAUUCUGCAAAAGAUUGCUGCGCACGAGGCGGCUGAAGCCAGAAAGGAUGCCGACGUGCCAGUUGACGAUUACGAACUACCUCCCAAAGUCGUCGAGGUUUACACCAAAGUCGGAGAGAUCUUGUCGCGCUACAAGUCUGGCCCACUGCCGAAGCCGUUCAAAAUUCUCCCAACUAUUCCUCACUGGGAGGAAAUUCUCGAAGUUACCCGACCAGAUCGCUGGACACCAAACGCUUGCUUCCAGGCAACCAGAAUCUUUGUUUCUCAUAAACCCAUAGUUGUGCAGCGUUUUCUCGAGAUGGUGGUCUUGGAAAAAGUCCGCCAAGACAUUUACGAGAACAAAAAGUUGAAUGUUCAUUUGUUCAACUCUCUCAAGAAGGCGCUGUACAAGCCGUCUGCUUUUUUCAAGGGCUUUCUCUUCCCGCUUAUUGGCAGCGGUACCUGCACCCUGAGGGAAGCCCACAUAAUCUCUGCUGUACUCGCUAGAGUCUCCGUCCCUGUUUUGCACUCCGCCGCAGCUCUGAAGGGCCUUUGCGAGAUCGCUGCCCAGGAAGCCUCCCAGGGAAGCGAGGGUGGCGGUGCCACCAACAUCUUCAUCAGGACGUUGUUGGAGAAGAAGUACGCCCUGCCAUACCAAGUCAUUGACGCUCUGGUUUUUCACUUUCUUAGAUUCCGCAGCGACGACCCCGCUAGCGUACAGGAAGCCGAUAUCAUGGCUGAGGUGGCCGGCGAGGGCGACGUCAAGAAGAAGCUGCCCGUUAUCUGGCACCAAAGUCUAUUAGCAUUUGCCCAGAGAUACAAGGGCGACAUCACCGAAGACCAACGCGAAGCGCUUCUCGAUUUGCUUCUAGGUCACGGCCAUUCCGCCAUUGGCCCGGAAGUGCGACGAGAACUGCUGGCUGGACGAGGACGUGGUGUUCCCUUGGAACCCCAGGGUGAAAGUCUGGAUGGUGACGAUACCAUGGCAAUCGACACUUGA